AUGGGCAUAAUCUAGAUUUUCGUAGAUAUAUAAUUUGGAUCCACAUCACUCAUUAACAAUAUAUUUCUAGAUUAUAUUUGGUCCCAAUUUUCCAAUUUCCUCUUUAAAUUAUUUUUCGUAUGAAAUUAAUAAUGGUACCGAAUAGAGAGUUUUAUAUUCACUAAAUCCAGUUUAGAUUAUAGAACGGGUCUUAACUUAUAAUCCAACUUUGACAAUUGCAAUAUAAUGUUAUGGGGUUGAUGUUGUUGAUUCCUAUUGUGGACUAUCAAACUAUUAUAUAGUUGUUCAUUACUGUAAACCAUAUUGCAAUUUAUGCACAAGUGAAUCAACUUGUGAUUAGUGGACGGCUUACAAUCCAAGUGUUGUAAAAGUAGAAUAAUCAUAAUGUCUAUCAAAUUAAUUUUUAGAUGAAACUACUUCCACUUGUGAAGACUGUCCUAAUGAAUGUCUUACGUGUUUUAAUGAAUAUGAAUGUUUAACAUGUCAGCCUAAUUAUAGAUUGGUAUUUAACACUUGUAUUUUAAAUUGUCAACUUAAUUAAUACUAUGAUGGUACAAGUUGCUUAAAUUGCGAUUAUAGUUGUAAAUAGUGUUAGUCAAGCAACUAUUGUAUACAUUGUGAAACUAAAUAUUUGCGAUAUUUAGAGAAUGGAUAAUGUCUAUGCUAUGAUGGCUAUUAUAACUAAAAUAAUAUACAAUAAUGUUAGCCAUGUGAUAAACUAUGUAGUAAAUGCAGUGGACCUACUAAUAAAAAUUGUUAAGCGUGUAAGGUUUAAAUUAAUUUAAUAUUAAAUGGAAAUACUUGUGAAUGCAGUAAUGGAUAUUACUUUGAUGAAUAUUAAUUGAAAUGUUUGACUUGUUCAUAAAAGUGUGAAAAUUGCUUUGGGUCAUCAGAUUCUUCUUGUUUAUCUUGUCAUUCAACACAAUUUAGGGUUUUGGAUGGAUUUGAUUGUAAAUGCCAAUUAGGAUAUUAUGAUAAUGGUUCAGAUGCUUGUAUUUAAUGUCCUGCAGUGGAAGAUAGUUCAUUUACUUUUUGUUAUAAGAUUUGUGGAAAUGGCAUAUCCAUUUGGUUUAAUUAGAAUUGUCCUACUAUUGUUUGUCCAUCUGGUUACAAUAAUGUAAAUAAUUAAUGCAUACCUAUUUGUGGAGAUCUAUAAUUAGUAGUAGGAGAACAAUGCGAUGAUGGAAAUUUAAUCUUAUAUGAUGGAUGUCAUAAUUGUAGAUUUUAAUGUCCUGCCCAAUGUACUGUUUGUAAUAGUACAACAGUUUUUCCUUGUUUAGACAUUUGUGGAGAUGGUAUAAUUAGUGGAUUAGAAGAGUGUGAUGAUUCAAACUCCGUUUAAUUUGAUGGAUGCUAUUAAUGUAGAAUCGAAUGUUAACCACAAUGUACAAGAUGUAACAAAGGAAUUUGUACUGAAUGUCUUUAUUUUGGUUGGACUUUAGAUCCAUACAAAAGAGAAUGUAUUGAAUCAUGUGGAGAUAAAAUCUAUGUUGGAAAUGAGUAAUGUGAAGAUAUGAACACCCUAAUGUUAGAUGGGUGUUAUAAUUGUAGGCUUUCAUGUUAAUAAUCAUGUUUAACAUGCACAAAUAAUGGGUGCACAUUAUGUAAGGAUGGUUUUAGACUUGUGAGUCAAUAUUGUAGGAACAUAUGUGGAGAUUCAAUAGUUGUAGAAGGGGAGGAUUGUGAUGAUGGCAAUUAAUUUGCAUUUGAUGGAUGUCAUUAAUGUGUUUAUUAAUGUUAAACAUAAUGUUUGCAUUGUCUGAAAGGUAUUUGUUUAUUUUGUAUUGAUGGAUAUGAAGUGUAAAAUGGCGUAUGUGUAGAUAUACGUGAAAUUCCGAAAAUUCCUUUUUAGGAAUAAUACAAACCAAAAAUAAUUGAAUUUUGCAAAAUAUCUAUAGAAGGAAUUUGUUAAGAAUGCCAAAAAGGAUAUUUAUUGCAUUAAAAUGUUUGCUAAUUUUAGAAAAGAUAUGAAAUAAUUAAAUUAAAGGUUCUGGAUGCUUUACCUUAAUUUAUUUAAUUUUGUUAUUUUUAGUUAAAUAAUUAGUGUAUUAUUUGUGAUAGGAAUUUUGAAUUAGAUAUAUUUACUAACACAUGUAUACCAAUUUGUGGGGAUGGGAUAAUAUCUGGAACGGAAGAAUGCGAAGAUUAAAAUUGGUUGGCACUUGAUGGAUGUUAUCAAUGCAAGUAUCAAUGUAGUUCAAAUUGUGACAUUUGUGACUUUGGCAAGUGUAUUCUCUGCGAAAUGAAUAAAAUUAUUGUUCCAGCUACUUUUUAAUGUGAAUUUUUAGAAUUAUGCACAUAACCAGGAAGUUAUUAUAAUCAAGACACUAAUUAAUGUUAUAGUAUUUGUGGAGAUGGUUUUAUAUAUUAGAGAGAGGAGUGUGAUGAUGGCAAUGACAUCGAAUUUGACGGAUGCCAUAAAUGUCAAUACUCAUGUCUACCAGGUUGUAAAUGCAUAAAAGGAGAAUGUUACAAAGAUCAGAUUACUUGUGAAUUAGGAUUAUACUAUUCAUUUGCAAGUUAAUCUUGUAGACCAUAAUGUGGAGAUGGGAUUAUAGUAUACCCUUUUGAAGAAUGCGAUGAUAGUAAUGAUAUAACCGAUGAUGAAUGCCAUUUGUGCAAAUUAUAAUGUGGCGUUAAUUGUUUAGAAUGUUCACCAUAAAAUAUUUGUCUUGAAUGCGUUUAAGAUUAUGAACUGGUUAAUAUGAUUUGUUAUGAAUAAACGAAUGCAUGUGGCAAUAGUGGUUGUAACCUUUGUGAAAACGACUCCUGUUUCACUUGUUUUACUGGAUAUUAUUUAAUUAAUGAUAUGUGCUAUUCUUAAUGUGGAGAUGGAAUUAUGACUGAUUUAGAAGAAUGCGAUGAUGGCAAUCUAUUAAAUGGAGAUGGUUGUGAUAAUGAUUGCACUGAAUCAGAGAAUAGUACAUGUAAAGACAAUGAAUGUGUUAUAUUAAGUUCAACAUAUUCCUAUUUAGAAUAUGAAAAAGAAUAGUCUGGUGUUCAAUAUAUCAAACUUAAAUAUUCUACUAUGAUGAGAUUAAUAGAUGGUUUCACUUAAUAAGAUUAUCUCGAUAAUUUAAAAUUUGAGAUUGAUAAUUAGACUGAUGUGGCGUUUAUUUAAAUUAUUCCAAAAUUAAAUAUUACUCAUGAUCUUUAAUUUGUAGAUAUUCAAGUAGCUAUUGAGUUCAUUAAAUAUUGUUCAAAUCCUAUUCUUAAAUUACGAUUUAUAGAUCAAAGUAUUUUGGUUAAUUAGGACGGAGCUGAGAUUUAAUAAGAUAUCCUAAGAAUAAAACUUUUGUCAUCAAAUUUUUUAAAAGAAUAAGAAUAAAAGGUUAUAAAAUCUUUAAUUGGACUUAAUGAUUACAUUUUGAAAUUUGCGGCAUUGUUAAUUGCUAUAUCAUCUUUAUCAGGACAAUCUGAAAUCAUUUCCAAUUUAUUAGAUACUAUUUAAUAGCUUUAUUAUUUGAAAUACAUAAAUUCAAGAAUUGGAGUAAAUCUACAAAAAUAUUAUGAGACAUUUCAAAUAAUUCAGUUAACCAAUUUUUUUGAUUUUCUUGGAAUUAAUCCUAAUAGAUAAAUGUCUAGUAUUGUAUCUUUUUACCAUUCUGAACCUGUCUUCGAAAGUGAUGAUAGGAAUGCAAAUUAUUUAAAUAAUAUUGCACAAUUAAUCUUAGCUUACUUAAUAUUUUUUCCUGCCUAUUUUUGUUUUAAAAAAGUAGCCUUUUAUUUUUUGAAAAAAAUUGAUUAAUUGACAGGUUUUUACUCUAAUCAUGUGUUAGUGGCUGCUGUAAGUGCAGUACAAAAACUUUGUCUUAGAAUUUAAAUGAAUAAACUUAUUGACUCAAUUUAAGCCAUUUUUUUGACGAUGAUAUAUGAAUUUGGAAUCAAUAUCUUUUUAGCCUUAAAAUAUCAAAAAUCUGAUUCUGAAGGUUAAUUAGGUGUUUCAAUUGCAAUUUUAAUACUCUAUGGAGUUAUAUUAGUAAUAAUCUCAAAUACUUCAUUUAGCAUUCAAAUAGCAAAAACACAAUAAUUAUCCUCAUAAAAGAAUAACAGUUUUACGUAUUUGUGCAUGUAAAAACUGUUUUUUAUUUCAUUUAUCAUUUUUUUUUUUGAAUCCUCUUAAAUUCAAAUAUUACUAUGCCUUUUAAACGAAUUCCAAUACAUUUACUUUCUUUAUAUUCGAAAAAUCUAAAUGCUACCAUCAGAAAAUUUUAAGUAAUUCACAUCUCAUCUUUUACAAUUUAUUAUUUUGGGAAUGUAUCUAGUAAAUGAUUUUUAUCAAUAUUAAGCAGAUGUAUUAAUUAUUAUAGGUUGGAAUAUAAUCGGUUUAAUGAGUACUAUACUCUUUAUGACUUUAAUCAUUGAUCUAAUCAAAAUUAUUCAUCCAAUUUGGCAAAAAUGCAAAGCAUCUAAAACAUCUGAACUUUCAAAUAGCAAACAAGAAAUUUUUUGUAUAGUUGAGAACCCUUGUAAUCCUUAAAGAAGAUUUACAGUUUGA